AUGGGUCAAACCGGCAACAUUCGCGGUCAAAUUGCCUUAAGACCGUCUUCGUCGCACACGCUCGUUCUCGUCGUUGUACGCGCCGGAAUUGGAUUACUCGGAAGGAUCAUGGGACCCCCGCCUCCACCUCCGCCACCCCCUGUACUCACAGCCCCAACGAUACUUCCAUCUCGCAAAUGGAAGACAGAGGAUGCACCGAGACGUAACAACAAUCCCCCACCUGCGCCGCCCAAGCCCACCCGUCCCACAAUGGACGCUGCGGCAUUACAGCACGCUGCCGCUCGUCUGCGCAAGACCGGCUACAACGAACCGGUACGAAGUGACAUCGAGAGUUUAUCCGAUGGACGAGUGGACCGAUCGGAUCAACGAGUGCCUCACCGAAAUUGGACGCACGGCGCGCAGCAUGAACAACUUCAACGCAAUUCGCCCAGAGAGACGGUUUAUGCUUCGUCCACUCGUGCCUACGAGCCUAAUCCGAUCAGCGACAUUCAUCGAAACCCCAAUGCGUUGAAUUAUCAGACCACCAGAGAGGCUCCCGUAGCGAAUUAUAGUUCUAUUAAUAAGUAUCAAUCAUCUUCACCAACGCUUUCGAGCGACACCUACGUGUCGCCAUAUUCUACAAAAUAUUCAUACCCGAAAAACGGCGACAAUUUUCGAUCCUAUCAUAAAGACGACGAUUAUUUCAAAAAUAAUACCACUUAUAGCAACACCAAUAUUAAUAUUAAUAAUAAUAAUAAUGUCAAGAAGAACAAUGGGGUGACGGUUGUUGAAUGGUCCGAGCCAUACGAUCCCAGCAAUCUGCGUCCACAAUCGCCAAUUCGCAAUCCGCGCGAGGUGAUCCAUGAGUACUCGACGACCAACUACGUGUUCGACGAGAAGCCGUCGAUAAUCGACAAGAAGAGAGCGCGCAAUUUUGUGCAAAACUCGCUGGCGAAACAACUCCGCGACGAGAGUUUGACCGAAUCGCAGCGCGCCGCGAAUCGCUAUCAAAAAUCGCCGUCCGCUUCGUCAUCAUCGGCGAGCCUUCCAUUCGACGUCUCCAAAAUUGUCAAGGACUCAUACAACGGCGAUGAGGUUGAUCAUCUGGUGCAUCAGAUGAGAAACAACCUCAACAACAACAACAAUCACAAAAGCUACAGUAAUCAGGAUUACGGUAGUGUUGUACAGUAUCCGAGAGGUUCGCCGGCCGCCGAUAUUCGCCAAACGAAUUAUACGACGCAUUCGACGACGACGACAAGAAAAAUCAUGAAUAUCAACAUUUGCGUUGGUUGCGGCAAAGAGAUCACCGCCGAUCAGCCGGGAUGCAACGCCAUGAAUCAGAUAUUCCACGUGGAUUGCUUCAAAUGCGGACGAUGCUCGAAAACGCUGGCGGGCUCGUCGUUCUACAACAUCGAUGAGAAGCCGACGUGCGAGAGCUGCUAUCAGGACACAUUGGAGAAGUGCACCGCUUGCCACAACGCGAUCAACGACAAAUUGUUGCGCGCGUGCGGCGGCACGUACCACGUGAAUUGUUUCGUGUGCGUCUCGUGCAAGAAGAGCCUCGACGGUGUGCCGUUCACACUCGACAAGGAGAACAGCGUGCACUGUGUGCCGUGCUUCCAUGACAAAUUCGCGCCGCGCUGCGCGAUGUGCAGCAAGCCGAUCAUUCCCGUCGAUGGCGAGAAAGAGUCGGUUCGUGUCGUCGCGAUGGACAAAUCGUUUCACGUCGAUUGCUACAAAUGCGAGGAUUGCGGACUGCAGCUGUCUUCCAAGCUUGACGGCCAUGGAUGCUAUCCGAUCGAUCAGCACCUCUUGUGCAAGACGUGCAACGGCAAUCGUCUUCGCGUCAUGAGCUCCUCCUAA